GUUUCCCUUCUUAAGACAUGUUUCUCCCUUUUGAAACAAACGAUACAACCACUUUUGGUAACUCAUCUGCCAUCAUGAGUCGUGACGAUCAGAUUCUGAUCGCUUCCCAAAAGUCCAAAACCAAUUAAUCCUCUUUUUUUUAACCAGAUUUUACUCAGCAAUUCCUAGUUCAAUUCCAUUUUGAAAUUAGAGGUGAGUGACUUUUCUAGCUCGUAUUGGAGAUUUGGUGUAGGCUUUCAAGUCUUUUUUUUAUCCGUUCAGCUGUUCUACACAAAUUUCAGGUGCCAUUGUUUCUUCCUUUUAACAUGGUAUCUGGAUGUGAAAAAAGAAAAAUAAAAAAGAAAGAUGAAGAAUUUGUGAAAACACAGAGAGGAGCUUUGGAUAAGUUUGUUCAAAGAAGAAACACUACUAGUGUGAAUCCUAGUGUGGAUCCUAGUGAUCACUUAAAUGAUAGUGAUAGAUUAGAUGAUAUAGUGAAUGAACCUCAUGAUGAUGUGUCAAAUCCCUCUAAUAUUGGUAAUUUGAAUAUUGAUGAGCAAUUAAUUCCACCUUUUGAUAUCUAUGAUCCUAGAAACUGGAAUAAUCUUGAUAAUAAAACAAGAGAUUUGUUGAUUGAAAAAGGACCAAAAAGAGAGUUGGAUCUUGAGUAUCCUAUUGAUGAAAAUACUAAAAGGCAUUUUGCAUAUAAGCAUUAUUUUAGAAAGUUGUGUAAUGGAGAGAUUGAUGAUAGAAGAUGGUUAGUUUACUCAAAGCAUGUUGAUAAGGUGUAUUGUUUUUGUUGUAAGUUGUUUACAUCUCAUGGUAACUCAAGUUUAUUAGCAAAUGAAGGAUUAAGAGACUGGAAACAUAUUAAUGAUAGACUAAAAAAUCAUGAGAAAAGUGAGGAGCAUAUGUCUAACAUGAGGACUUGGAAUGAGUUAAAAGUUAGAUUUCAAAAUAAUCUAACAAUUGAUAAAGAAUUCCAAAAAGAGAUUGCAAAAGAAAAAAUUCGUUGGAGGCAAGUUUUAUGUAGAAUAAUUGCUGUUGUUAAAUGUCUUUCUAAAAGAAAUUUAGCGUUUAAAGGAUCUAAUGAGAAACUCUACCAAGAUAGUAAUGGUAAUUUUUUAGGAAUGAUUGAGAUGAUUGCAGAAUUUGAUUUAAUUAUGCAAGAUCACAUUAGACGCAUCCAAACUCAAGAUAUAUAUCACCAUUACCUUGGUCAUAACAUUCAAAACGAGCUGAUUUCCCUCCUUGCUUUUAAGGUUAGAUUUUCGAUCACAAGUGUUAUUAAAGAGGCUAAAUAUUUUUCUGUAAUUCUUGACUGUACCCCAUAUGUGAGUCAUCAAGAGCAAAUGAGUAUAAUAAUAAGAUGUGUGAAUAUGUCAAGUGAAAAGAUAAAAAUAGAAGAGUAUUUCUUAGAGUUUUUGAAAGUAGAUGAUACAUCAGGAUUAGGCCUCUUUAAUGAAUUACAAAAUGUUUUGAAGUCUCUUGAUCUUGAUAUUGGGAAUGUGAGAGGACAAGGCUAUGAUAAUGGUUAUAAUAUGAAAGGAAAACACCAAGGAGUUCAAAAAAGAUUGCUUGAAAUUAAUUCAAAAGCAUUGUUUAUGCCAUGUGCUUGCCAUAGUUUGAAUCUUGUUGUUAGUGACAUGGCACAUUCUUGCUUGAAAGCUAUAUCUUUUUUUGGAAUUGUGCAACGCAUAUACACAAUAUUUUCAAGCUCUACCAAAAGGUGGAACGUUUUCCUUAAGCAUAUUUCAUGUUUUACAGUGAAAAAUCUGUCUAAUACUAAAUGGGAGAGUCGAAUUAAGAGUAUUAAAGCUAUAAGGUAUCAAGCUCCUCAACUAAGGUCAGCAUUGAUAGAAUUGCAUAGUUUGUGUGAUGAUGCUAUAUCAAAGAGUGAAACCGAAAGUUUGGUAGAUGCGCUUGAGAAUUAUGAGUUUUUGCUUGGUAUGGUUAUUUGGCAUGAAAUUUUAUAUGCUAUUAACAUGGUAAGUAAGAGCUUACAAGCUAAAUCUAUGCGUUUUGAUACAGCUUUGAAGCAAGUGGAAGGUGUGAUAUCUUUUUUUGAGAAUUAUAGAAAAGAUGGAUUUACAUCUAGUAUGGAUAUAGCUAAAAAUCUUGCUCAUGAUAUGGAUGUUGAUGCUAUAUUUCCAACUAAGCGUAGGAGGUUUAAAAAAAACAGUUUGAUGAAAAUGAUCAUGAUGAAGUUAUACAAACACCUGCGGAUGCUUUCAAAGUCGAUUAUUUUUUUAUUGUUGUGGAUAUGGCAAUUGCUUCCUUGAAGGACAGAUUUGAGCAGAUGAAAAACUUUGAAACUGUUUUUGGAUUCAUAUUUAACUCGGUUAGAUUAAAGUCACUUGAUGCUAUUCAAUUAAGAGAAAGUUGUGCUAAAUUUCAUAACACAUUUUCCCAUGGAAAAUGUGUAUUUAGAUGAACUUUUCUCUGAAUUAAGAGUAUUGCAGGCAACUUUAUCUAAUGAACCAAUGACACCUUGUGAAGUUCUUGAAUUUGUAAAAGAAGUGGGUUGUUAUCCAAAUGUUGCUAUUGCUUACCGAAUCUUAUUAACCACUCAUGUGACAGUUGCAUCAGCUGAAAGAAGUUUUUCCAAGUUGAAAUUGCUGAAAAAUUAUUUGAGGUCAUCAAUGUCUCAGGAAAGGUUGAAUGGUUUAGCAAUUUUGUGCAUUGAAAAAGAAGUUUUAGAGAGUAUGGAUUUUGAAACAAUUAUUGAUGAUUUUGCAUCAACAAAAGCUAGAAGAAGACGGUUUGUUUGAUUAUUACUCUUUGAAAUAUUUGAUACCUUUUUUGUUGUUGUUUCAGCUCUACCAAGCUUUUGAUGCAGUUUAGAAAUCUCUAGAUGAAUGGACGCAUGCUC